GAUCGCAGGCGUUCAGCGAAACAAGGAAGCGAAUGCACAGCUGUGAAGAGAGAGAUGACGAGAGUGGAGGAAACUUUCUCUUCCCUGAUUCCAGUAUGAAACGACCAGUGUUUAUUGUUUAUUCGGUCUUCCAGGUUUGCUUUCUUGCUUUGAUCAGUUCUCGGAAUAUUAAUGGAAAGCAAGUUUGGCCUGUCCCUUACAGGCGAUUUGACCGCCGUCCAGACCCUGACCCCUACUGCCAAGCAUUGUACACCUUCUGUCCUACCGGAGACCCGGAUGGCCGUAUUCCCUAUAUGAGAGACUCUGAUGUGAUUUCGGUGUUUCGACUGCAAACCCCGGUGUGGGAAUUCAAAUACGGAGAUCUUCUGGGCAAAUUUCAUAUAAUGCAUGAUGCCAUUGGGUUUGCCAGCUCAGAGACUGGAAGAAAUUACACUAUGGAAUGGUAUGAACUUUUCCAGCUUGGAAACUGCACUUUUCCCCAUGAAAGAGAGGACACGGCAGCUCCUUUUUGGUGUAAUCAGGGCGCAGCCUGCUUCUUCGAGGGGAUAGAUGACCUGCAUUGGCAACAAAAUGGAACUGUGGAAAAAGUGGGAGAAAUUUCAGGUGAGCAGUUUAACGAUUUGGCACGAUGGGUUCAAGAGGACAAUGAAACUGGGAUUUAUUACGAGACAUGGACAGUGCGGUCAGACCCAGGGGCCAACUCCACAACAUGGUUUGAGUCAUAUGAUUGUUCACAGUUUGUACACCGCACAUACAGGAAAAUGGCAGAGCUAGGAGCCAAGCUCUCGAGCAAAACUCAGACCAACUACACCAAAAUAUACCUGUACAGUGGAGAGCCUACCUACCUUGGGGAUGAUGACACUAUCUUCGGUCAGUCGUCUAUGAAAACUCUGGCCACAGACAUCAAAAAGUUUUACCACUCUUUCCAACCUCACCAGUCAAUGAUUCAGUUCAUCCUCAGCCUGAUUGAAGUCUAUAAAAAGGUAGUAUUGGAAAAGACAUUCUAUUUGUACUAUAACUUUGAAUACUGGCACCUGCCAAUGAAGGCACCUUACAUUCAGAUUACUUAUGAGGAAGUUCCUUUACCACACUGAAGCCAUCUCCUCUUUUUUUAAUACCAAUGUCAGAUGACAGUUAAGCACUUCCUCUUCUUCCUCAAAGGGAGCAAAUUUGUGCUGUGGAACUACCACUUGUUAACUGUGAAUAGCUAACUAAUCUAUCACUAACUCCAGAUUACAUUUUGGUUGGAGUAACAUUCAAGUGAUAUAUGACAUCAUCUGAAAUGCUUGAUUAAUGUAUAACUACAGCCAUAUACUAAGUGUUUCUUCUGUUUUAAUGAAUUGUAAAGUAAUCACAGUCUGCACAACUGGAAUUUUAUGUAAUUUAUUGGAACAAUGCAAAAUGAGAAGCAAGUGAGUAUGUUGAAAACAACAAGCUGAUGCUCACACAUCAAGUUUUUUCCCCCAAAACAGUACUUAGGUAUUCAUUUUGAGAAAAGAACACUAUUGUCAGUUGAAAACGCUGGCUAUGAGUCAUAAACCUUUCAUAUAGACAAAACCAUUAUAGACAUUUCACUCUUGUAAAUCAGUAUGUACAAAUGAGUGACUCAUUUUCUUGCAUUUUGGGUAAAGCACUGCUCACCAACAAACUUGAUUUUCACUUGUCACUCCAAUAAAAAGCUAAACAAG